GGGAAUCUGAAGCUGAAGGUGGGGAGGGAGGAAGGGAGUGAAGAGAGGAAAAAAGAGAAAAAAAAGCAGACACAACAGAAACGGGGGGAGGACGACGAACCAACUGUGUUAAGUAAAAAAUAAAAUUAAUAUUAAGAGACUUGUUACUUCAACGGCAAAGAAGAAGCCAAGAUGAUAACGGCCUAUUUCGUUGAAAAUUUCUGGGGUGAAAAAAACAAUGGAUUUGAUGUACUUUACCAUAACAUGAAGCAUGGCCAAAUAUCAACAAAGGAACUCUCUGAAUUUAUCAGAGAAAGGGCUACCAUUGAAGAAGCAUAUGCAAGAUCAAUGACCAAACUGGCCAAAUCAGCCAGCAAUUUCUCCCAGCUAGGGACCUUCGCACCAGUCUGGGAUGUGUUCAAGACCUCGACUGAAAAGCUUGCCAGCUGCCAUUUAGAGUUAGUUCGGAAACUACAGGAAUUAAUAAAAGAAGUUCAGAAGUAUGCAGACGACCAAGCAAAGGCGCACAAAAAGACAAAGGAGGAGGUCGCAACCACGCUGGAGGCCGUGCAGAACAUCCAGUCCAUCUCUCAGGCCCUGCAGAAGUCCAAGGAGAACUACAAUGCCAAGACCGUGGAGCAGGAGAGGCUGCGGAAGGAGGGGGCCGCGCCCAGAGAUGUGGAGAAGGCUGGAGUGAAGGCCAAGAAGGCUACAGAGUCCUAUAAGUCAUACGUGGAAAAAUACGCUACAGCGAAGUCUGAGUUUGAGCAGAAGAUGGCUGAAACUGCCCAGAAAUUUCAGGAUAUCGAAGAAAAACACAUUCUCCACAUGAAGGAGAUCAUCCAAUCAUAUUCCCAGUCCAUAGAGGAGACACACAUGCAGAUAGGAGAGGUUCACAAAGAGUUUGUAAACAACAUGGAGAACACUACAGUGGACAGCUUGAUACAGAAGCUGGCUGAAAGCAAGGGGACUGGCAAGGAGCGACCGGGACCCAUUGAGUUUGAAGAGUGCAACACUGCCAUUGCCACUGAAGGAGCAAAACCUCGGAAGAGAAAAGCCUUUGGGAUCCCUGGGCGCAGAAAAGACAAGGACACAGAUUCAACGGAAUCCACAGAGGCUGAAUCUGUUAAGACCUCCAAUGGAGCACCCUCUGGCUAUUACGGGACAAUAGACUUUCAGAACGCAAAUGUUCCCCAGGUGGAUGAGGAGGGCUUCUGCAUCAGGCCUGAAGGAAAUGAAAAUGAUGCCAAAGAAAAUUCGUUCUACUCAUCGAGUGACUCUGACGAUGAAGAUGAACCCAGGAAGUUUCACGUGGAGAUCAAACCGGUCCAGCCCAACAACGGGAACCACCAAUCACGGUCCUCCAUAGACGAGCUGAAGGCUUCCAUCGGGAACAUCACUCUCUCUCCCUCUGCUUCGGGUCAGCUGAAGAGAAACACAUCCAGGUUGUCAGGACUAUAUUCUCAAGCGUCAGUAGACUCGCAGGCAUCAGGUGAUGAACUUCUGAGAUCUAGGCAGCAAUCAUCUCACAAUGACAGUAGGCUGGCCAAUAAUGAUCUCCUCUCCCUGGACCCCUUUGCUCCGCCCCCGGCGGGCUCCUCCUCCUCCGUGUCAUCCUCUGCAGAAAUUGCUUCCCUUUUUCAAUCAAAUUUCCUUCCCUCUCUGCAAACAAAAGAGCUUGAAGUUUGUGCCACUAGUGAAAAAGCCCAAGUGCUGCUGCACCAGGAAGGCUCCGCCUUCCCCGCCCCCUCAGCAGGGCUAUCGUGGAAUCUCGUGGACGAGCCCCGCCCCCGCGCGGAGAGCGCCCCGCCCACGCAGGCCGCGGGGGUCGACCGUUCCGCGGCCGCUGAGGCCACGCCCACUCAGGACAGCGUGGACCUCUUCUCCUCCAUCUCCUGGUCCCAGAGCCAGUGGAUAGCCUUCAACGAUGAGUUCAUACCCAGCAAACGGCCAAACGCCAGUCCCAGGGACCUCCAAAGACCGCUGUCAAUGCCACCGGCCAAAGCCUUCAGGUUCUUCUCAGACGACCCCAACGACCCUUACAAUAAGGUUGCGUGCCGAGCCGGUCUGUUAGUGGGGCGGAGCCCCUCCCCCUCCAGGCUCUCUCCCGCUGCGGUGGACGAUAGCGCCAAGCCCGCUGCUGCCCAAGCCCACAACGUACCUCUGCAGGGCCGCCCCACCACCCCUCUGGCUUUAGGGACCAUAGUGCCUCCACCACGGCCGUCCUCCCGACCCAAACUCCCCACUGGGAAACUCGCGGGCAUCAACGAAAUCGUCAGACCAUUCAGCCCUCCAAAGACGUCCAACGCCAGCCCUCCCCCCGCGGCGCCCCUGGCCCGGGCAGAGAGCUCAUCCUCCCUGUCCUCCACAGCCUCGCUCAGCGCCGGGAACACCCCCACUGUGGACGAAGAUGAGUUCAUUGGGAAACUGCCCACCUUUGAAAAGCGCAGCGAGACCCCCGCAGGGACAUCACGUGGGCCCAGUCCAGUCACUCUGGCAUCCCAGGAUUCCUUGCCUAUUGCAGUGGCCUUCACAGAAUCUGUCAACGCCUACUUCAAAGGCGCUGAUCCUACAAAGUGCAUUGUUAAGAUCACCGGCGACAUGACGCUGUCGUUCCCCAGUGGCAUCAUCAAGAUCUUCACCAGCAACCCCUCUCCUGCUGUCCUCUGCUUCCGGCUGAACAACUGCUCCAAGCUGGAGCAAAUCCUGCCCAACCAGCAGAUCCUCUACAGCGAUCCUUCGCAGACCGACUCCAGCACUAAAGACUUCUGGAUGAACAUGCAAGCUCUCACAGCCUACCUCAGGAAAGCGUCUGAGCAGAGCCCCGCUGCCUCUUACUACAAUGUGGACAUCUUAAAAUACCAGGUCUCCUCCAACGGGAUCCAGUCCACACCGCUGAACCUGGCCGUGUACUGGAAGUGCACCCCCACCACCACAGACCUGCGGGUGGACUACAAAUACAACCCAGAGUCCAUGGUGACCCCGGGACCCCUGGCCAACGUGCAGGUCCUGGUGCCUGUGGACGGAGGGGUGACCAACAUGCAGUCUCUGCCUGCUGCCAUCUGGAAUGGAGAGCAGAACAAAUCGCUAUGGAAACUGACUGACGUCUCAGAAAAGACUGAGAAUGAAGGUUCAGGAUCCCUCAGGGCCAAAUUUGAGCUGUCCGAUGGCCCCAGUAAUCCCGCCACAAUCGCAGUGCAGUUUCUCAGUGAAGGGAGCACUCUCUCCGGGGUCGAUCUGGAGCUGGUCGGGCCAGGCUACCGGCUUUCGCUGGUUAAAAAGAGGUUUGCUACAGGGCGAUACAUGGCGGACUGCUGAUGGAGCGGACCUGUUUGUCCCACAAGCACAAUUUCACUAACGAGAAACUGUCUAUUACUCUCUGUCUGCUAUUUCUGUGUCCUAUUUAUGGAGGGUGGAAACAAAUCUGAAGGGUUUCAAAAUACUGUUUUUUUUUUUGUUUUUUUCUUGGCAUUUUUGAAACAUCUUUGCAUAAAUUUAAAUGCACCUUUUGGAAGAAAUAUUUUUACUACAUGAAAUUUAGCACUGAAUUUUGAACACUGUUUAAGAAAAAAAGAUUUAGAAAUGUGGGAUGUCAGGAACUUUAUGAAAUUAAAAAUUCUUUAACUUUGAUUUAUUCAGACUUUUAUAAAGUCAAAAAUGUAGUAUUUGUUUGAUAUGUAUAGAUAACAGUGUAAUACAAAUAUAAUGGACUGCUAAAAAUCGAAAAAAAGAAAAAAAAACAUGCACUAACAAUCUUUCCUGCGGGUUUAGAGUUGUUCAUUUUCUCUGAUCUAUAUUCAGCCUUAGCUCUGCCAAUAAUGACUUAGACACAUUUCUAAUGCUGGAAUGAGAAUAACUUAUUAAUGCAUGCCUUCCUAAACUUUCCUUAAUGUUUAAAUAUCGUUAUAUUUACUAGGAAGGCUUAACGUUAACUAUGGCUGCCAAGUUUAGUUAACGAUAUUUUGUCUGAUUCUGCUCGUGUGCAAUGACUCAAUUAUAAGCUGUCUUAAACUGAACAGACUGAUCAGAAGUGUGGCAAGUACAUUCAUGUCACUCGGAUGUGACUGUUGAAAACCUCCCAUCAGUUAUUUUACAGUAACAGUGCCUCUUUUUUAUUAGAAAAUUACCAUUUAUCAAAAAUGUGCCUAAUUUUCUUAUUGUUUUCUGUUUUCUUACACUCUUUUGUAUUUUGUAUUACAGCAAGAUAGCACAACAUUUGUGCCUACCAUCUUUUAUACUAUAUUACUGGGAUGUUGAAGGGAACUGCGGCUGGCUUGGCUACAUGUUAAACAGUUAACCGUAUAUCAGCAUGUGUCUUCCAAAAUGAUCGGUCAUGGGAAAAAUAUUUGUUUCAUAAUAUAUUUCCCAGUAUUUGUACACUAUCCGUAUCAGGCCUUUAUUGCAAUUUUGAACUUUUUGAUCAGUUUUUAAUUGAAACCACAUUGGGUCUUCUGGAAAUAAGUGCUUAUGUAGCUUUCCCCGUUAAAGUUCGGCAUUAUCCUGUACUGUAAGUCAUGUUUGGAAGUGCCAGAGGAAGCCCAGGCCAGAACUUUCACAAACAUCUUGGCUACGACAUUAUGUCAUCCCGCCUAAGUACACGGUAGUCCACCACACCAAAAACACAAACGCUCCCAAGCACCACUUAUGUGACCUGAGUUGCCUAGAGAGGUCCAAGUAGUAACACAAUGUACGCAUAUCCUCAGUUGGAAGCAUUUUUUGUUAUUUGAAUAUACUUUAUAAUUAAAUGCAUUGCAUUAAUGUCUCUGGCUUAAAAUACACUAAAAUGAAAGAGGAGAAAAGUGUUGUGUGUGUAUUGGCAUAAGGAAAUCCAUGUUCCUGAGUUGAUACUGUAUUUGUGAUGAGAUGUGUUGCUUUAAAUGAUGCUCGCUUAUCUGUAAUUUAUUGUAUAAAGAUUAAUCUUCUAAAUUAUACUUGUUGAGGCUAACACACUUUUUAAGCAAUGUAUCAUUAUUCCAAAAAAAGAAAGGCUUUGCAGAAGUAGGAGUAGUUAAACAUGGGGGAAAAAGAUUGAAACCAAAUAAGCAGACCGUGUAUUUUCAUCAGUACUUCUUAAAGACAUGGCUACUUGUUUGGAAAAGUGUCCAAGUGUAAAUUAGUUGGUAUGAAUACCUCUGGAAAAUGGUCAUACCAGUUUGCAUAUGAUUCCAAUCUAAAGCUAUAGUUUACACUAGUCCUACAUAAUAGAGUUUAGAACUGAAGUCAGACUACAAAUUUACUUUUUUUGUCCUUGAUACAUUGGUGUAUUAAUUUUUUUCUUUGGUGAAAUUCCUACCAAGGGCAAUAAGCAACUCUCUCAGCCUAGGUCUUUAUUAAAGCCACUAAAAAUAUCUAUUCUGCCACCUUAUCUUUCUGAUAAUUCUGUUUUUGUCACACAAAAAAUCAUUUGUGCACAUGUCUUUUACUAACCAACUUCUGGUGCUCAACUUUGUUUUGUUUUGUUUUGUUUUGUUUUUUCUUGACCCGAUGCAAUAUUUGUGUGGUAUGUCAGUGUCUUAUUCUAAAAGACCACCUCUGAAAGGGCUACUUUUCUUUACAGUUAGCGGUAGCAAUAUAUCAUUUUUAAAUAAUACAAGUAUGAUUUUCAAGAUUUCUAAUGAAUUGCUUUUCUCUGAUGGAAGUCUGUUAAAUGGACGUGUAGCCUAUAGUUCUGUAAUUCUGUCAGUGAACUCCACGUUAUGGCAUGUCUGCAGCUUGUUGCCUAUGUAGUGUGAAGUUACUGUGUCCCACGUCAAAUUAAAGGACAUCUUUAAACUCUGCUUAUGAACUGCUUAAAGAUGCCCAGUCGUUGUUUUGCAUUUUUAGAUCGAUUAAGCGAUAAUGUGCAGAAGGCAAGUGCGUGCUGUACAUUGUGGGGAAAAACCAAUAGCCUUCAAUAUGGGUGAGGUGCAAACAAACACAGGAAGAAUUUAUUAAGUAAUGUCUUUCCUUUUUUGUGUCGCUUUAACAAUAUUAACUGUUGCCUUGUAGCAGGGAGCAGUGAAAUGCCAUCAGCAUGUGGUGACUAGCUUUCCAUGUUUAUGUCCUGCAGAUAUACACCACGCCACAAAGAUGAGAUAUUGAAGGCCUUUCAGUGUAAAAAGCCUAUCCAUGUACAUUGGCUGCGUUUCAUCAAUUACUGUAAGCACAGUGAGAUUGGAAAAAAAGAAUGUUUUUGGAAAUAGUUGUUCAAGUCUUUUAGCAUACAGUAGGUGACUGUACAGUGAUUGAGCAUCAUUUCAUGUUCCAUAGUACUAUUUUAAACUAAACUUUUAGGCAUUUGACUUUUUUAAGUCUUCAUUUCCAUUUGGUGAAAUGGCCCUCAGCACAAAAUGCUGCAAGCUUCAUGAGCUUGCCUGAGAUGGACAAAGACUGCAUCUGUAAAUGCAAGUAACGCUGGCAAAAACCAAGGCUGUUCUAAGCAGAGUUGGAGGAUAAGUCUGCAGGAACUGAAUAUAUAUGUAACAUGUAUUUAGCGAGCUGGUUCUUGCUUCUCUACACAAAAAUCUCUCUUGCUGCCUCUCCAUUAUCAGUAAUACUCUAUGGCAUUCGGAGCUUUUGUUUUCAUUUCAUUGUUUGUAUGUUUUUAAAGAAAAAUCAUGUAGUCAAAAGGAAACAAUCUGUAAAUGUAAAUGAUCUCUCAUGAAAUGUAAAUUUUACAGUAUCUCUGCCACUUUUGUCUUUAUAAUUCAAUGUGCCUGUAAUAAAUGUGUAAUAUAUAUUAUAUAUACAUAUAUAAAAUUACAACUAAA